ACAGUCGCCAUGAAGUUUAUUCCAAAGCAUGGGAAAAGCGAGAAGGAUAUUCUCAACUUAAGACAGGAAAUAGAGAUUCUAAGAAAAUUGAAGCAUGAAAACAUUAUAGCUAUGCUGGACUCAUUCGAGAGCCCACAGGAGUUCUGUGUUGUUACAGAAUUUGCACAAGGUGAGCUUUUUGAAAUUCUUGAGGAUGACAAGUGUCUUCCUGAGGAACAAGUUCAAGCAAUUGCAAAACAACUGGUGAAAGCAUUGCAUUAUCUCCACUCAAACCGUAUAAUUCAUCGCGACAUGAAACCACAAAAUAUCCUUAUUGGUGCUGGAUCUGUUGUUAAGCUCUGUGAUUUUGGUUUUGCUCGAGCAAUGUCUGCAAACACAGUUGUCUUACGGUCAAUAAAAGGAACUCCCUUAUACAUGGCCCCAGAAUUAGUAAGAGAACAGCCAUACAACCACACAGCUGAUCUCUGGUCUCUUGGUGUUAUUUUGUAUGAACUCUUUGUUGGUCAGCCUCCGUUUUAUACAAAUUCGGUGUAUGCACUUAUCAGACAUAUCAUUAAGGAUCCAGUUAAAUAUCCAAACAAUAUGAGCUCGAAUUUUAAAAGUUUCUUACACGGUUUGCUGAAUAAGGUAGUUCCUCAAAAUAGACUGACGUGGCCUGCUCUUCUUGAACAUCCUUUUGUUAAAGAAACUCCGGCCGAAAUUGAAGAACCUCCUGCUAUGGCAAAAGCAUCUCCAAGGGACUUUGAUGCUUCUUUAAGGCAAGAAAGAAAUGUUCAAAACCCUAGUGGAUGUAUUAUUUCAAGCCCAGAUAGUAAAAGUUCUACUGGUGCUAGUGAAAAUAGGACAACCCCCUCCUCUCCAGUUGAUAUGCAUCCUAAUGGGGCUAACUCUGCAGUUGAGAAUGCUUCGCCAAGGGAGGAGUUUCCAGGUUUUCCAAGUCAGGGCGGUGUUAUGCAGUCCGGUUGCCAAGUGCUGAACAGGUUGGAGAAUAAUUCGCGUAUGGUGAAGGGUGCGAAAAUAAUUGGGGAAGACAAUGAAGCUUUGGCUGCUAUUUUGCUACCACUGAAAAGGUUAUCUGAUGGAUCUAAGAACUCCAGCAGGGAUCAGGAUGUUGUUACUUUGAACCAGUCGCUGAGAAUUCUUUCAAACUUGAUUGGUGCUGGUGCUAUCACUUCAAGGGGAGUACUGGAUGAGAUAAUUACUGGACUUCUUAGCUUUGCUUCUGCUAUAGUUAGAAUGGAAGUAUCAGAUGGAAAUGACUUGAUGGCAAAGGCCUUCUCAACUCUGAAAAGAUUGUUUGAUAACUAUGGAGGUAGUUUUGGUGAUCCGUAUUUCAGGCAUUGGGCUUCCAUGGUUGCAUUGUAUUCACAGGUAGCAGGCUGUGGUGAUGGGCUGUUGGGAAGAGUACUUUAUGAGUAUACUUCAUGUGUUGCAGUCAUUUUAUCUCAAGUAGCACAGUCUCUUAGAGCAUCGGCAGUCGCUUCAAACCCUGAGGCAGCUUCCACCCCAUUUGUUGUUAAUAAAAUUGCUCAACAAAUCUUGGACCACGCUAAGUCUUCAGGUGUAAUAGAGUAUUUGUGCUUGAGCUUGGAAACUUCAGGCUCGAGUCUCAUAUCAGGCUCCACAAGUUUGUUGCGAACUGCUUGUGAAUCAUGCAGAGCAAUUUGGUCAUUAGUUGAUGCAUUUGAACUUCUCUCUGUGAAAGGAAGUGCAUUAUUUCCACUUAACACUUUGAGGAGAAAUUCUCCACUUAAACAUGACAUCAGGGACAAUGAUGAGCAACAAUUACACAAAACAGAUUCAAGAGAAAUGGUUGAGGUGAUCACAAAUGCAUUUCUCAAAUCGAAAUCCAUUCAGGUUGCCAUCUUUUUUUGUCUGCACCAACGCCAUGAGAUCAGUCUCUCUUCUGGACUGCAGCUUAUUUUGAGGUGUUGCAUGCAUAGUGAUGUUAUAAUGAAUGUCCUCUGCGGGCUGCCAAGCAAACUACCUGUGAACACGGUUGUAAGUGGUGGUGGAGACGGCACAAUAAUAUCAGAAAUUUUCUCAAUACUAUCAUUAUGUGCUGCUUCAAAUAAAGAGAACAACAAUGCAGAAUCUGACAACUCAAAAGUCAAAUUCAUGGACCCACGCACCUUGGUUAUGCACUCGUCUCUUGUUCUUGCGACAGUAGCUCAGUGUCUGAAAUCUUCGGGAAGAAACUCUGCAUUGUUAAUGUUGACAACAUCUUCUAAAAAACAGUUUACUCGGCUCUCAGUACUUGCGCAUCAUUUCGGGUCGGAUGAAAGAAUCCAAUCCUCAUUGCAUCCUUCAUGUGCGGCCGCCAUGCUGGCUCUUGCAUCAAUACUGUCCCUCGAGAAGGGAAGCUCGGUUGAAACCACCAUUUCGGAGAUGGCCCUUCCAUUAAUCCCACGCACCGUGUCUCUUUGUGACCAUCUCAGAGGGCCAGCAACUGACGAGAAUAUCUUGAACCUUAGUGCACUGAAAGGGAUGCUUCCGUGCAAAUAUGGCAUAAGGGAUGGAGCUAUUGGGCUACUGGAGUCCAGGCUGAACUGGGGAGGGCCUCUUGCUGUGCAACAGUUAUGUGCUAGUGGUGCUCCACAGCUUUUUAUUGAUUUACUAUUGGCUAACAACAUCAGAAAUGCUUCACAAGACCAAAUUGGGCUGUCGCCUGUUGGGGUUACGUGGACUAUUUCUUCAAUUUGUCAAUGCCUUUCUGGUGGAGUCUCCACAUUUCGUCAGAUUUUGCUGAGGACAGAACACGUCAAUUGCAUUGCAGAUUUGAUAUCCGAGGCUCAUCUUAAACUUGUCCAGUCGUGGACUGGACCUGGGGGAGGCACAUAUGGGAUGAGGGAGACCAUAAAUGCGUUGGUUGACCUUUUAGCAUUUCCUUUUGUAGCUUUACAGAGUGUGCCAAAUACGCUGUCCGCAAAUGCUUCAGUGAACAGUGGAAUCCUUCUGAAUAUAGGCUCUCCUGGUGGGAAGAUCUGUGCUGAAGACAAAGACAUGAUGAGAGCUAUACAGACGAGCAUGAAAAAAUAUAUUCAGAUUCUUCUGGAGGUUGAUGUGCCAGCAACCAUCCUCCAUUGUUUGGACCAUUUAGAGUUGAUAGAUCUUGCUCGGCCAGUUGCAUUAAUUGCCAAACUUUCUAAUCAACAACCACUUGCUGCUCAACUGGUUACCAAAGGCUUGUUGGAAUCAACCAGAGCAAAAAGGUUUUUGAAUAGCCCUUGCCCUAGGGAAGUCACCUUGGAUUUUCUUAUGAUUGUAUCAGAUCUGGCUCGAAUGGAUAAGCUAUUUUAUGAAUACAUUGCUGCAGCUGACAUCUUGGAGGAUCUCAGCAAGUUCCUCACUCAUGAAGAUCCCAAUUUGCGUGCCAAGACCUGCAGUGCUAUUGGGAACAUGUGCCGCCACAGCUCCUAUUUCUAUAAUUUACUGGCAAAACACCAUAUCAUUGGUUCCCUUAUUGACCGAUGUGCUGAUCCUGACAAACGUACUAGGAAAUUUGCUUGUUUUGCAGUUGGGAAUGCUGCAUAUCAUAAUGACUCAUUGUAUGACGAACUGAGAAGGGUCAUCCCUCAGCUCAAAGUCUUGCUGAUGUCGGAUGAGGAAGACAAAACUAAAGCCAAUGCUGCCGGUGCUCUUAGUAACAUGGUCCGCAACUCUGACCGGCUUUGUGACGACAUAGUUUCCAAAGGAGCCAUUCAGGCAUUGCUAAAGGUGGUGGCAGAUUGUUCAACAGCUGCACUGAACCCACGUAGAGACGCCAUGAACGAGUCACCUCUGAAGAUUGCUUUGUUCUCAUUGGUGAAGAUGUGUGCUCAUCCACAAUGCAGGCACUUCAUUCGCUCGUCUGAGCUAUUCCCUCUAAUCGCACGGCUGAGGCAGUCGCCUGAACCCACAAUAGCCAAUUACGCGACCGUUAUCACCACUAAAGCUUCAGAAUCUUGA